UUGUUUAGCGCUCGUAGUCUAAAGAAUAAGAUUCACGACCUUCAUAGUCUCAUAGAAACGUGUAAGCCCGGUCUGAUUUUUAUUACCGAGACUUGGUUAAAUAGUAAAAUUACUGACUCCGAACUUUGCUCAGUCUUCCCAUACUCAGUAAUUCGCAAAGAUAGAACUGAGAAGACUGGAGGAGGACCAUGUGCUCUGCUGCAUAACUUUGUCCUGUAUGAGACAGUUGAAUUCGACUGUGGAGUUCUUAACGCCAACGUUCGUUGCUUUGAUGUUUUUUUGCCGUCCUCUCGUAAUCACAGGUUUCUCCUCAUAUAUCGCCCCCCACAGUCUACCCUGUCUCAAGAUGAACAGCUAGUUACAGUGAUUUCUGACUUGGUUUCGACCUCACUGCAUAACGUGACAGUUCUAGGAGAUCUGAACCUAAAUAUUGACUGGUGUUCACACGUGGCGCUCAACUCCGAAGCACAAAAGUUUCUUAGUACUUUUGAUAAGUCUUUCUUUGGAGCAGUUGAUUCUUACGCUGAUGUCGACGAUGCAUAUAACCGUUUCGCUAGUGUCAUUAAUGCUCAUUUCUCAGCACUCGGCCCGAAGCAUAUCAUCAAUCUUUUCGAGCAACGUGAAAGGCUGUUCCUUUCUUCCAAACAACCGUCUACGAAACCGCUUUUUAUUGAGGUUUCGCGUAAACUAAACUCUCAGGUGAGGCGUUUCUCAGCAUACAAAAUAAGAAAAAUGGCUCAAAGUAGCCAUAUGAAGAAACUUUACGAGUUUAUCAAAAAAGUUAAGCCUAGUUCGCACGUGUCUCAUAUUCUGGUAGAUUCCGAUGGGCGCAAGUAUUCAACUGAUGCUUCCAAAGCUGGAAGCUAUCGCAGGACUACUUUGCCAGUGUAUUUGGAAAGGCAAGCAGUAGUAUGCCACCUUUGCCAUCAGUCUCUAGAGAAUGUUUUGAAAUGUCCAAUAGUCUCUCUUCACGUAGUGCUUAAAAAUCUUCUAUCUUCGAAAGGGUCCGUGUCCCUUACAGCUGACGGGAUACCCCAAGUGCUCUACAAAGAGUUUUCCGAAUAUCUGGCUAUCCCCCUUGCUCAUAUACUCAAUAUUUGUCUCCUUCUUGGUGAAGUUCCUAGCGUUUGGAAAAAUUCGUUCGUUACACCCCUGCCAAAAGUUAGCAAUUCCAAUCUCAUAUCGAACUUUAGACCUAUAAGUAUCUUACCGACCCCACUGAAUAAUAAUGGAGAAGAUAGUGAAGGAGAAGCUUCUCCAUCUCGAAACUUCGACUGUCCCCACCGACCAACACGGUUUCCUUCCCGGUGGGUCCACAAGCGCGCAACCAAUAGACUGUACGCACUAAUGGACGGAAGCCUUGAAGUUGGAACAACGUAA